GGGAAGGACGGGACGGGGCGGCGAAGGCGCCUAUGCGGAGCGAGCCUGAUGGAUCCGGAAAUACUGGGAGUCCGGCGGCCCCGGGAAGUGUUUGGAUUGAAACCUUUCAGGACUCUUUGCAGGGCGCAUAAUUUUUACAUUGGGAGAAACAGAAGCUGACCGAGAGAGGAGGGGAGAAUCUGAAGACUGCAGAUGACACCAGAGCUACUUUUCAGCAGCCUUCUCAGUUUUCCUUCUCGGAAAGCAAGACACUCAAAGCUUGGAAACAGAGGAAUACUGCUAUUUGCAUUUGAUGAAGAAUUAAAAAUGAAGAAAGAAAACCAAUAUAUUCGUUAAGACAUCUACUUGCUACUACAUACCUACAUAUUACAGGAUUCCUCAGCUUCUUAUUGGGAAGUUGAUCAACGCUGUGGUCAGACUGCAAUCAAGUUUACUUGCCUGUUGUCUUUCCAUUGCCAGAGGAAAUUCUGGUCAGAAUGUAACAGCACAGCUCUGUCUAAUUGCUAUGGAAAGUGAUAAACUGUCACUUGCUUUUUAAAGUUACAUCUUGCUCCCCUCCACCACCACCACCACCAACAACAAAAAAAAACAUUCUUUAAGGUGACUAGAAACCAAGCCCCUGUGAACACUUCUAUUGAACAUGACUCAUGGAGAAGAGCUUGGCUCUGAUGUGCAUCAGGAUUCUAUAGUUUUAACUUACCUAGAAGGAUUACUAAUGCAUCAGGCAGCGGGGGGAUCAGGCACCGCCGUCGACAAAAAGUCUGCUGGACACAAUGAAGACGAUCAGAACUUUAACAUUUCUGGCAGUGCAUUUCCCACCUGUCAAAGUAAUGGUCCAGUUCCCAAUACACAUACUUACCAGGGAUCUGGCAUGCUGCAUCUCAAAAAAGCCAGGUUGUUGCAGUCUUCUGAGGACUGGAAUGCAGCAAAGCGGAAGAGGCUGUCUGAUUCCAUCGUGAAUUUAAAUGUAAAGAAGGAAGCUUUGCUAGCUGGCAUGGUUGACACGGUGCCUAAAGGCAAACAGGAUAGCACAUUACUGGCCUCUUUGCUUCAGUCAUUCAGCUCUAGGCUGCAGACUGUUGCUCUGUCACAACAAAUUAGGCAGAGCCUCAAGGAGCAAGGAUAUGCCCUCAGUCAUGAUUCUCUAAAAGUAGAGAAGGAUUUAAGGUGCUAUGGUGUUGCCUCCAGUCACUUAAAAACUCUGUUGAAGAAAAGUAAAGCUAAAGAUCAAAAGCCUGAUACCAGUCUUCCUGAUGUAACUAAAAACCUCAUCAGAGACAGGUUUGUGGAGUCGCCUCAUCCUGGGGGACAGAGUGGAACAAAAGUCUUGAGUGAACCCUUGUCAUGUGCCGCACGGCUGCAGGCUGUCGCCAGCAUGGUGGAGAAAAGGGCUAGUCCUGCCACAUCACCGAAACCUAGCGUUGCUUGUAGUCAGCUAGCAUUGCUCCUUUCAAGCGAAGCCCAUCUGCAGCAGUAUUCUCGGGAACACGCUUUAAAAACCCAAAAUGCAAAUCAGGCAGCAAGUGAAAGACUUGCUGCCAUGGCCAGAUUACAGGAAAAUGGUCAGAAGGAUGUCAGCAGUUUUCAGCUGUCAAAAGGAAUGACAAGCCAUCUUAAUGGUCAGGCAAGAACAUCUUCAAGCAAGGUGAUGGGUAGCAAAAACAGUGCUGCGACAUUUCAAAAUCCAAUGGGUACUGUUCCUUCUUCCCCUAAAAGUUCAGGCUAUAAGAACUCCCUGGAACGAAACAAUAUAAAGCAAGCUGCUAACAGUAGUUUGCUUUUACAUCUUCUUAAAAGCCAGACCAUACCUAAGCCAAUGAAUGGACACAGCCAGAAUGAGAGAGGAAGCAUUUUUGAGGAUAGUAGUACACCAACCACUAUGGAUGAAUAUUCAGAUAACAACCCAAGUUUUACAGAUGACAGCAGUGGUGAUGAAAGUUCAUAUUCCAACUGUGUUCCCAUAGACUUGUCCUGUAAGCACCGGAUAGAAAAACCUGAAUCUGACCAACCUGUCUCUUUUGAUAAUUUAACUCAGUCCUUACUAAACACCUGGGAUCCAAAAGUCCCAGAAAUGGAUAUCAAAGAGCAAGAUACCUCAAAAAAUUCUAAACUAAAUUCACACCAGAAGGUAACACUUCUUCAGUUACUUCUUGGCCAUAAAAAUGAAGAAAAUGUAGAAACAAACACCAGCCCUCAGGGAAUACACAGCGAUGUGACAAAAUUCAGUACACAAAAUUAUACAAGGACUUCGGUGAUAGAAAGCCCCAGUAUUAACAGGACUACUCCAGUGAGCACUCCACCAUUACACACAGCAACCAAAGCAGACUCUCCCAUCAAUCUUUCUCAACACUCUCUGGUCAUCAAGUGGAAUUCCCCACCAUAUUCCUGUGGUACACCAUCUGAAAACCUGACAAACACUGCAUCUAACCACUUGAUGGACCUUUCAAAAAGCAAAGAAUCACAAGGAGAGAAACCAGCGCCAAAUGAAGGUGCACAGAAUUCUGCAACCUUCAGUGCCAGUAAACUGUUACAGAAUUUGGCACAGUGUGGAAUGCAGUCUUCCAUGCCAAUUGAAGAGCCACGACCUAGCAAACCGCUGUUAAGUGUAAACACAGAUAAAACUGUAGGUAUGAUUGACAGAAUAAAUAGCCCUCUGCUCUCAACUAAAACAAAUGCAGUUGAAGAAAAUAAGUCUUUUAGUAGCCAACCAACAGGUCCUGAACCAGGACUUUCUGGUUCUGAAAUAGAAAACCUGCUAGAAAGACGUACUGUCCUCCAGUUACUACUGGGAAAUCCCAAUAAAGGGAAGAGUGAGAAGAAAGAGAAACCAUCCCUAAGAGAUGAGAGCACCCAGGAGCAUGGAGAGAGAGCUUUAAAUGAACAAAUAUUGAUGGUGAAAAUAAAAUCGGAACCCAGCGAUGACUUACAUAUUCAUAACACCAACAUGCACUUGAGCCAUGAUGCCAAGACCACCCCGUUCUUAGGGAGGACUCCCUCCAUGCAGAGAAGCGCAACUGCCUUACCUGUGUCCGAGGACUUCAAGUCCGAGCCUGGUUCACCUCAGGACUUUUCUUUCUCGAAAAAUGGUCUGUUAAGUCGAUUGCUGAGACAGAACCAAGAGAGUUACACAGCCGAUGAUACAGACAAGAAUCAUAGAAAUAGUGAACUGGCACCUCCAGAAUCAAAGAGUCUUUGCACCGUUCCUAAGAAAAGGAAGCUUUAUACUGAGCCAUUAGAAAGUCCAUUUAAAAAAAUGAAAAACAACCUUGUUGAUGCUGCAAAUAAUCACAGUGCUCCAGAAGUACUCUAUGGGCCCUUGCUUAACCAGGAAGAGCUAAAACUGAGCAGAAAUGAUCUUGAAUUUAAGUAUCCUUCUGGUCAUGCUUCCACCAGCGACAAUGAACAUCGGAGUUGGGUCAGAGAGAGCAAAAGCUUCAAUGUUCUAAAACAGCUUCUUCUCUCAGAAAACUGUGUGCGAGAUUUGUCCCCACACAGGAGUAACUCUGUCAUGGACAUUAAAAAAAAGGGACACAAAAAUCAUGUGACCAGUAGCAAACCUGAAUUCAGCAUUUCUUCUUUAAAUGGACUGAUGUACAGCAACACUCAACCCAACAGUUGUGUGGAUAGUAGGACAUUUCCAUACCCAGGAUUGAUGAAAACUCCUGUGAGCCCUUCUUUCCCUGAGCACUUGGGCUGUUCAGGGUCUAGGCUAGAACCUGGGCUUUUGAAUGGGUGUACCAUGACUAGUGAGAAGGGGCCCAUUAAGUGGGUUAUCACAGAUGUGGAUAAGAAUGAGUAUGAAAAAGACUCUCCAAGACUGACCAAAACAAAUCCAAUACUGUAUUACAUGCUUCAGAAGGGAGGCACUGCUGUUACCAGUCAAGAGACACAGGACAAGGACAUCUGGAGGGAGUCUUCAUCUACUGAAAGUGUCUCACAAGUUACAGUCAAGGAAGAGUUACUUCCUCCUGCAGAAACUAAAGCUUCUUUCUUUAAUUUAAGAAGCCCUUACAAUAGCCAUAUGGGAAAUAAUGCUUCUCGCCCACACAGUGCAAAUGGAGAAGUUUAUGGACUUCUGGGAAACGUGCUAACAAUAAAAAAGGAAUCAGAAUAAAAUGUAGCUGCCAUCAUCCAGCCCCAGAUCUUUUUAAAACUAAUUAGUAUGAACUUGAGAUCUGUAUAAAUAAGAGCAUGAUUUGAGACAAGCAUGGUAUAAUUGAAACUUUUUUUUUCAUUUUGAAAAGUACUGGUUACUGGUGAUGUUUAAAUAUGCAUACUAAUUUUUGCUUAACAUUAGAUGUCAUGAGGAAACUAUUUGAACUAGCAAUUGGUUGUUUAACACUUCUGUAUGCAUCAGAGAACAACUGUGAGUAGCCUAUGAAUAAAAUCUUUUGUAAUAAUGAAUAAGAGGCAUAAAUUGAAAUGUAAAACUCCAUCCUAGUGGAUCAAUGCAUUUUGCUGCCUUUAUGAGGGUACUUUAUUUUGCAUCUCAGAAGUCAGUCUACAUAACAUUUUUAAUGUCCAAACAGUUAACUCUUUAAAGAAUAAUUAUUAAAUUUUAAAAAAAAGCUCUGAUUCACCUCUCAUUUUCAAUUCAAGAAUAAAUUAGGAAAAAACAUACAUUUUUCACUUUUGCUAAAAAAAAACAAAAACAGAAAAAAAGAACACAUUUAUUUUUAACUCUUGGAGGUGGUUUUGUGGUUCUCAAUGUGUCUGUUCCACCUCAGACCUUUUCAAUAUAUAUUUCUUUAAAACCUUGUACUAUUUAGUAAAAAUUGAUUACAAAAGAAGGCAGUUUGAUAGAUCCUUAAAAAAAA